AUGACUGACGAAGAGUUACAAACAUUUUGUCUAAUAGAGAUAGAGAAAUUGCUACAGGCCAAUGGAAAAUCAUUAAGAGAUUUUGCUGGUAUGCCGCUUCCUAAUGUUAAUUUGGUCUCACAAUUUAGUAAUUAUAUGGUGUUGCGUGAAUUAGAAUAUGGCAUUUCUGUGAUGCUUGAAGAACACGAUUCAAAUUUUCCAAAGUUGAAUGAAGAACAGAAGUCAAUCUAUGAUAGGAUUAUACAUUGUGUUACUAACAAGGAACACGGGUUAUUUUUCAUUUAUGGGUUUGGUGGGACUGGAAAAACUUUUUUGUAUAAACUCUUAUCUUCCAAAUUGCGUUCUCAAAGAAGAAUUGUUAUUAAUGUUGUUUCAAGUGGAAUUGCUUCAUUAUUGUUACCUGUUGGUAAGACAGCUCAUUCUAUGUUUGGUAUCCCAAUUGAAUUGAAUAAAGAUACUAUUUGUAAAAUUCCGAAAGAUAGUCCUAAGGCUGAUUUAAUUCAACUUGCUGAGCUGAUUAUUUGGGAUGAAGCUCCAAUGACUAACAAGUUGGCAUUUGAAGCUUUAGACAAAAGUUUUCGAGACAUAAUGACAUCGAUUUCAGUGUCUUACAAAGAUCUACCUUUUGGAGGAAAAAUCAUUGUUCUUGGAGGUGAUUUUCGACAGGUUUUGCUUGCUAUUCCUAAAGCUUCUCGUGCUGAGAUUGUUAUGGCAUCAAUCAAUUCUUUAAUUCUUUGGAAGCACUUUGAAGUGUUGACGUUGACAAAAAAUAUGCGGUUAGAAAGUGUUACAAAUCAAUCAAAUCUGAAAGAAUUGAAAAGGUUUUCUGAUUGGAUUCUUCAGAUUGGAGAAGGGCGUAUUGGGACAAUAAUUAACGAAAAGCUUUUAGUUCAAAUUCUAAAUGAGUUUCUGAUUUUUCCUUCUAAUAAUCCAAUUGAUGAUAUUAUAAAUGCAAUUUAUCCUGACAUAGUUAGAAACUUUGAUGAUACUGGUUUUUUCCAAGACAGAGCCAUAUUAGCUUUAAAAGUAGAGAUUGUUAAAGAAAUCAAUGAUCACAUUGUUCAAUUGCUACCUGGGACAGAAAAAGAGUAUCUAAGUGCUGAUUCUAUAUGUGGUAGUGAUGCUUAUUGUGACGUUGAUGUUGAUUGGAUAAAUACUGAGUUUUUGAAUCAAAUAAAAUGUUUAGGGUUACCGAAUCACUCAUUGAAAUUGAAGAAAGGUGUGCCUAUUAUUUUGUUGAGAAAUAUUGAUCCAGCUAGUGGCUUAUGCAAUGGUACUCACCUUAUUGUUAGAGAUCUAGGAACAAAUGUGAUUGGAGCUGAGAUUGUCUCAGGGAGUCACAUUGGAGAUAAAGUUUUCAUUCCUCGGAUGAAUUUAAUUCCGAGUGAUGCUGGGAUACCUUUCAAAUUUCAACGGAGAUAA